AUGACGUUGCUUCAUGGUGCCGAGUUUUCUACAAGAAACAAUGCGAGCACCUCCAGUGACUACGAGACCACAUCAGAAUCGACACCACCACGGCGAGUGACUUUCGACAACAAAGUCGAUGAAGCCUUCCUUGGUGCCGUAUCACGCACUGGAUUGGACACACCACGUCGAGUGCUGUUCAAAAUCGUUCCUGUUCGUUUACAACAGGGAGAGAAGUUCUUCGAUAUCUUUGGAUUUUUGGACAGCGGAAGCGACUCCACCUUAAUCCGAAGUGAUGUGGCCAGAACCAAACUAGUUAACGCUCACAUAGUGGACUUCGUCAUCAGUUCGCGAGACGGCUCGACUUCGUUCCAGGCAAGAAGAGCGUAUGCAGUAGAAAACCUACAGGUUGCUCAAAAUCCAACCUUUUCAGACUUACAAGCAAAGGCAUUCCCUCAUCUUCAAGGUCUGAAACUCCCAGAAGUCCAAUCCGACCAAGUAACGGUUCCAAUUGGUCUCGAUGUAGCAGACGCUCACGACCAUAGCGAAUCACGCAAACCGAUGGAUGGGUCGACCGGACCGGUGGCUUUCAACACGCCGUUUGGAUGGUGCCUGGGAGGCAAAGUGGGCCCGCAAAGCGAACAGGAGCAAAUAAGCCAUUAUGUAGCUCACAUCGCAUCGAAAGAAGAUGAAGAGAGCCUUUCCGAACUUGUCCAGCGUUUUUGGAGGCUGGAGGCGAAAGACGCUGUACAGCCUCCUCCACUCAUGUCAGUAGACGAUCGUCGGGGAGAGGAGAUUCUGAAGAGGACCUCCAGAUACAUCAGAAAUCAUCAUCAAGUCGGGCUGAUGUGGAAGGUCGACAAUCCAGAAUUACCAGACAACCGCAGUAUGGCAUUAAGUCGCCUGUUUCAAAUCGAACGGCGUUUCAAGAAGGACUCCAGUUACGCCAAACCGUACGAUGACGUCAUCCAAGAAUACAUGAGACUUGGCCAUGCUCGUCUUUUAUCAACAGAAGAAGCUAGGCGGAGGACACCGAAGACAAACUACAUGCCUCAUCAUGGUGUUCAAAGUGCGACGAGUUUGACAACAAAGACACGAGUGGUUUUCGACUGUUCAGCAGAGUGUGAAGGUACUUCUUUGAACAAAAAUCUUCUGCGCGGUCCAAACUACCUCCUAAACCUACUCGGAAUAAUCUUGCGCUUCCGCAAGCACCAAAUUCCCAUCAGUAGUGACAUCGAAAAAAUUUAUCAUCAGGUUAUGGUUCCAGAAGAGGAUCAAGAUGCCUUUCGAUUUUUGUACCGGUCGCCGAACAGCACGACACCCCCGCUCACCUACAGGAUGACAGUCCAUGUCUUUGGAGCCGUCUCGUCGCCAUCAACUUGUUUGUUUGCCCUAAACAAAACAGCCGAAGACAACAACACGAAAUUUCCAGACGCAGGAGCCAGCGUAAGAACAAGCUUCUACGUCGACAACUAUCUGGAUUCGUUCAAGUCGGAAGACGAGGCAAUCAAACGGGCCCACCAGCUAAAAGAACUGUUGCAGCUGGGGGGUUUUAAUCUCACUAAGUGGUCGUCGUCGUCAAGAAAGGUCCUAGCAGCGCUCAAACCCUUAGGCUUGGCCAAUCCAAAAUUGGAUUUAGACUUAGACAAAUUGCCUAUGGAUCGAGCCCUAGGGAUUCUUUGGAACAGUGAAAUCGACGCGUUCACUUUCAAGGUGGGAGAAAAGGUCCAGUUAUACGCCACACCUACGAAAAGAAAUCUCGUAAGUGUGGUGGCUACAGUAUGA